UCACUAAUUCUUCACUAAUUCUUCACUAAUUUAUUUGAUCUUCCCCGGCCGAUAUUUUGCUUGCGUAGUGAAAAAUUAAAUUCUCGACAAAAAAGUUUAGCCCGAUAUCUGGACCGAACAGGUGGCAUUAUAUAGCAAAGUGAAGUAUGUCUACGACUCAAAGGCCUAAAUUGAUAUCUAUCGAUGCUUUUGCAAAGACAGUUGAAGAUGCUCGAAUUCGUACAACAUCUGGUGGAAUUAUCACUUUAAUAUGUGUGGCUAUUGUACUAUUUUUAAUUCGAAGUGAAUAUCUUGAAUAUACUACAAUUAUAACAAGACCUGAAUUAGUAGUAGAUAAAGAUAUUAAUAAACAAUUAGAUAUUCAUUUGGAUAUAUCAUUCCCUAAUUUACCUUGUGAUAUGAUUUCUUUAGAUUUAUUAGAUGAAACUGGUGAUGUUCAAUUAGAUAUUUUACAAUCUGGAUUUCAAAAAUUUAGACUUAUUCAUGAUUCUAAUGGUCAAGUAACUAAUGAAAUUUUAGAUACUGAUUCUCAAACUUUAAAUAACGAUAUAUCCUUAUAUGAAUUAGCUAAAGGUUUAAAAGAUGGCGAACAAGGUGAAUGUGGUUCAUGUUAUGGAGCUUUACCUCAAGAUAAACAUCAAUUUUGUUGUAAUUCUUGUGCUGCUGUCAGAUUAGCUUAUGCUGAAAAGAGAUGGGGAUUUUAUGAUGGUUCUAAUAUUGCUCAAUGUGAAAGUGAAGGUUAUGUUAAAAGAAUUAAUGCUAGAAUUAGUACUGGAGAAGGUUGUAGAGUUAAAGGAACUUCUCAAAUUAAUAGAAUAUCUGGAACUUUAGAUUUUGCUGCUGGUGCAUCAUUUACAAGUGGUGGUCAACAUGUUCAUGAUCUUUCUUUAUAUGAUAAACAUCCUGAUAAAUUCAAUUUCGAUCAUACUAUUAAUAAUUUAGCAUUUGGUUCAGUAGUUCCUGAAGUCAAAUCUACUCAUUCAUUAGAUGGACAUAAAACUGAACUUGGAAAGAAGGCACAUUUAUUUUCAUAUUAUUUAAAAGUCGUAGCUACUAGAUAUGAAUAUCUUUUCACUAAGAAAGCUACAAUUGAUACUAAUCAAUUCUCCGUAAUAACUCAUGAUAGACCCUUAAAAGGAGGUAAAGAUGAAGAUCAUGAACACACGUUCCAUGCUAGAGGAGGUGUACCAGGUGUAUUCUUCCAUUUCGACAUUUCACCAUUAAAGAUAAUUAAUAGAGAAGAAUAUGCAAAGACUUGGUCUGGAUUUGUACUUGGAGUUAUAAGUUCAAUUGCAGGAGUAUUAAUGGUAGGAACUCUUGUAGAUAGAUCAGUAUAUGCUGCUGAAAAAGUUAUUAGAACUAAAAAGGAUUUAUAAAAUACUCCCUACAUAUAUAAAAUGUUUAAUAUACAUAAUUAAUAUUAACUAUU